AUGGCGGAAAACAAAGACCCCAAGCCCACUUCCGCGGAGCACGUGGAGGAUAUGGAUAACGUGAAGCUAGAAGCAGCGCAGGAUCUCAGCACUAAUCAGAGACGGGCGACGGUUGCAAUGAAUUCUCUAGUUGUCAGGAAGCAGUACGACAUCAGGGUCCUACCACUCGUCUGGGUCCUUUUCAUCAUCUCAUACCUCGAUCGUGGAAACAUAGGCAACGCAAAAACGGCCGGGGCUCAAAGUGACCUGGGUCUAAAUAGCACACAGUGGUCCUGGGUCCUACUUUCAUUUUAUAUCACCUAUACAUGCCUUGAAUGGCUAGUUUUAUGUUGGAAGAUCUUUCCCGCGCAUAUUUACGUUUCCGUGCUUUGUUUCUUAUGGGGUAUUUCCGCUGUAUUCUCCGGCCUUGUUCACAACUACGCCGGUUUAAUAGCAUGUCGGGUCGCUCUGGCUAUUGUAGAAGCUGGGUUUGGAGCUGGUGUUCCUUACUACCUUUCGCUCUGCUAUAAGCGCCAUGAACUGGGGACUCGUCUAUCAAUUUUGUUGGGGUCGAGUCCAAUUGCCAACUGUAUUGCUGGCGCUAUGGCUUAUGGCAUCUCCCAAAUUCAUUCUAAAGUCGCACCAUGGAGGCUCAUAUUCAUUAUCGAAGGAGCGCCGUCGAUAUUGAUGGUCUUGCCAGUGUGGUUUUUCCUGAUGGAUUCACCUUCAACGGCGAAAUUUCUCACCGAGGAAGAACGUACUUUUGCUGUUGAACGGAUGGAAACGCGAGAUACAACGGGAAAAAGCACAUUGUCCAAACGACAGCUACUCGCUGGAUUGGCUGACUAUAAAAAUUACUGUCAUGCAUGUUUGCACUUCUGUUGCAAUUACUCUUUCGCCAGCUUGUCCAACUUUCUCCCUACAAUCAUUGCCGGUAUGGGCUAUAGUUCGGUGAACGCACAGGGAUUGACGGCUCCUCCUUAUCUAGCGGCGUUCCUUUCGAGUAUUCUUGUGGCAUGGAUCUCUGAUCGUUAUGGGUCCCGGGGAUGGUUACUGGCAUUAAGCGCUACUGUAGGCGCUAUAGGAUACGCGCUAUUAGCCACUCAGUCCGGAGUUGCUGUGCGAUACGUGGCUAUUUGGCUUGCAAGCUGUGGUGUCUUCCCAGCUCUCGCAAUCAACAUGGCUUGGAUGUUGAAUAAUAACGCCGGAGAAACCAAAAAAGGGAUCGGGAUGUCGAUUCUCUCGAUUAUUGGUCAAUGUUCAUCUUUUUUAGCUUCCUUUGUGUUUCCGGACUCUGACGCUCCAUAUUUUAUCACAGGUACUGCAAUAGGCUGCGGCUUGACUGGAUUGAUCAUUCCAACUGCUCUUGUACUGCACUUUCGUUAUGCAGCCGAGAAUAGGCGUAAAGAUCGCGAGUUUGGACAGGUUCAGCCAGACCUGGCCCCAAUUGACGUUAGUGAUAUUGGCGACAAACACAAUCAGUUCCGCCUGUUGACUUGA